GUUUUGUUCCCGGUCUUUCUCCGACACUGUUUCUUGCAAACACUAUGCAACAUUCAUCAUCUAUUUUCUAUUAACUUCAGUAAUCUUGAUACCCUUUGGCGAGAAUCGAUAUUCACUGUGUUAAAGUACCAAACUUUUCUUCUCUUUUCUGUUUUUCACAAAGUAGUAUCAAACUUUUUGUCUUUGAUCAAAUUGGGGUUUUGUUACUUUUUCUUGCGUAUAAGAUGGAACAGAAGCACUUUUUGUUGUCAGCAGCGUUGUUUUUGGGGUUGGGUGUGGGAAUUGGAAUAUGGGUUGAUCAAAUUGGGUUUUUGUUGGCAGCACUUGGUGUUGAGAUUGGGUUGUUGUGUUUAGGACUGGCAAUAUGGGUUUUUGUUGGUGAUCAUGUGUCUAAUCGAAUUUCUUCAAAGGAUCAGAUUGUGAUGGAGGAGCUCAUGAAACUAGUUAUUGAUGGGAAGGAUAGUGAAGUUACAUUUGAUAAGUUUCCUUAUUACUUAAGUGAAAGAAUCAAAAUUUUGUUGACAAGUGCUGGAUAUUUUCAUUUAAAACAUGACUCAUCCAAGCACACGAGGAACCUUUCGCCAGUAACCCGAGCUAUUUUACUUUCUGGACCUGCAGAAUUUUAUCAUGAAGAGCUUGCCAAAGCUUUAGCACAUUACUUUGAAUCGAAGUUACUGGUUCUAGAUGUUAAUUACUUCUCUUCAAAGGUAGUGUUCUUACAUCUUUUCACUUUAUUAGCUAUGAUUUGUGUUAUAUAUGUAACCAUACCUUUCAUGUUUUCACUUGUACAGAUGCAGGCCAAAUACGGAUGUCCUGCAAAAGAACCAUAUUUUAAAAGGUCCAUAUCUGAGGCGACUCUGGAAUGUGUGUCUGGUUUAUUUAGUUCUCUGUCAAUCCUCGCAGCAACAGGCGCAAUCAGAGCUCCUUCGAAGUCGACAAGCCGCUACUUUCUUGAUGAAAAGAUUUGCUUAAAUUCACUCUACAAGGUCUUGGUUUCUAUAUCAGAAACUGGAUCUGUUAUUUUAUAUAUCAAGGAUGUUGAGAAGGUCUUUCUUCGAUCACCAAGGAUGUACAGUUUGUUCCAACAGCUAUUAAAUAAACUUUCAGGAUCAGUGUUGGUACUUGGUUCCCGGAAUUAUGCUUUGACAGAUAGAUAUAUAAAAGUUGAUGAAAAACUCACUAUGGUAUUCCCUUACAACAUUGAUAUCAAACCGCCUCAAGAUGAGGCUCAUAUGAAAGUCUGGAAAAGCCAAAUAAAAGAGGCCACAAAAAAGACUCAAUUGAAAGAUUACACCAUCCGCGUUGCUGAAGUGCUUGCAGCAAAUGACCUUGAUUGUGAUGACUUGGAUACAAUCAGCCAUACUGACAUGAUGCUACUCAGUAAGCACGCCGAAGAGAUUGUGGCAUCGGCAAUUUUUAAUCACUUGAAGGAUAACAAAAAUCCAGAAUAUCGAAAUGGAAUCCUAAUUUUAUCAGCCAAGAGUUUGUGUUAUGUAUUGAGUCUGUUCCAGGAGGGUGAAAGUGGUGAGAAGGAUAAUAAGAAGACUAAAAAAGAAUCAGAAAAGGAUGAUGCCAGAAAAGAUAAACCAAAAGGGACAAAGAAAGACAGUGAUAUUAAAGCUUCUGCAGAAGCAGAUGAUGGUGCCGGAAAAGAUAAACCAAAAGUGUCAAAGAAAGACAGUGAUGUUAAAGCUUCUACAAAAGCACAUGAUGAUGCCGGAAAAGAUAAACCAAAAGUGUCAAAGAAAGAAAGUGAUGUUAAAGCUUCUACAAAAGCAGAAGAUGGUGGCGGAAAAGAUAAACCAGAAAGGUCAAAGAAAGACAGUGAUAUUAAAGCUUCUACAAAAGCAGAUGGUGGUGCCGGAAAAGAUAAAUCAAAAGAAUCAAAGAAAGACAAAGCUUCUUCAAAAGUAGAUAGAUUUUGUUCUGACGCCUUGGAGGAGCAGAUAAGAAAAGAGCUUGUUCCGGCAAAUGAGAUAAAGGUGACUUUUUCAGAUAUUGGUGCAUUGGAUGAUGUUAAAGAAUCACUUCAAGAAGCGGUUAUGCUUCCCCUUAGAAGACCAGAUCUUUUCAAAGGCAAUGGGAUUCUGAAGCCGUGUAAAGGUGUGCUGCUGUUUGGACCUCCCGGUACAGGAAAAACAAUGCUUGCAAAGGCAAUUGCAAAAGAAGCUGGAGCAAGUUUCAUCAAUGUCUCUUCGUCCACAAUACAUUCAAUGUGGCACGGACAAUCUGAAAAGAACGUCCGAGCUUUGUUUUCAGCAGCGGCAAAGGUUGCCCCAACUAUUAUUUUCAUUGAUGAAGUUGAUAGCAUGCUUGGACAACGGUCUACAGGUGAGCAUAGUGCAAUGAGAAGGGUUAAAAACGAAUUCAUGUCCCGUUGGGAUGGACUAUUGUCCAAACCUGAUGACAGGAUUAUUGUUCUUGCUGCCACCAACAUGCCAUUUGACCUUGAUGAAGCAAUUAUAAGACGGUUCCAGCGCAGGAUCAUGGUUGGUCUUCCGUCUGCUGAAAAUAGGGAAACAAUCUUGAAAACUCUUCUAGCUAACGAAAAACAUGACGAUAUAGACUUCAAAGAGCUUUCAACUAUGACAGAAGGAUAUAGUGGAAGUGAUCUUAAGAACUUGUGCAUGACUGCAGCAUAUCGCCCCCUUAAGGAGCUAAUACAACAGGAGAAGGAAAAAGAAAUGAAAAACAAGAAAAAAGUGGCAGAAGCUGAAAUCUCAAAAGAUGCUUCCAAUGAUACCGAAGAAGAUAAAGAAGAUCAAGUGAUUGCCCUCAGGCCUUUAAACAUGGAAGAUCAAGCUGAAAUCUCAAAAGAUGCUUCCAAUGAUACCGAAGAAGAUAAAGAAGAUGAAGUGAUUGCCCUCGGGCCUUUAAACAUGGAAGAUCAAGCUGAAAUCUCAAAAGAUGGUUCCAAUGCUACCGAAGAAGAUAAAGAAGACGAAGUGAUUGCCCUCAGAGCUUUAAACAUGGAAGACAUGAGACAGGCAAAGAAUAAGGUUGCUGCAAGUUUUGCUUCAGAAGGAUCAAUUAUGUACAAGUUGAAGGAGUGGAAUAAUUUGUAUGGAGAAGAAAGUUCAAGGAAGAAAGAGGAGCAGCUUAGUUAUUUCCUUUAGAUAGUAGAAGCCAAUUUGGACACAUCAAUAUUAAUCCAAAGGAUAUAUAUUUUAACCAAAGCAUUAAUAAUUCAGUAGAUAUAUUGAACUCAAAGCAUGCUAGAUUGUUGAAAAAAUCCAAUUGAAUAGAUUUAUUAAUCCCUAGGCAUCAUGCAUCAUGUUUGGGAGCCUUGAUUUUAUGUUACAAUGUUUCUUUUUUCUUUUUCAGAAAGAAGUGAAUUAUGCUAUAAACCCUUUAGGACA